CGAUAAGCCACCGGCGAUAACAACUGUAAAAGUAAGCACGUGCAGGAGACAUUUAAAAAGUGCAUGGCAGCAGUGAAAAGCCUUUGUUAUAAACCUCAUUUUCCUUAAGAAACCCCUGUGAGAAUGCCAAAAGCGGCGCCAUCUUCGGCUGCCGAAGCCCAGGGCGCCCGGAAAAAGCACAAAAGCCCGACUAACGGUACAGCUAAAGCCAAGAAAACUGCCAAGUCGGAUCUCAAUAUGGCCGAUAUGGAUAUGCUCCUCAAUCCCAGCGCCAAUCUGACCAAGGAACAGAAGGAGCGACGCCAGGCGCUGGAGGACUAUGUGACCAGCGAAUUUGAGCGGGCCACUGAAAAUGGCUCAGGGGAUUCCAACCAAUCCUCGCCAGAAGUGGAAGCCCGCUCCAUGAAGGGCAAAUCGAAAGCGGCCAGGCCCACGGAUCGCAAGAGACGCCAGCAGCAGCAGCAGCAGGAGGAGGAGGAGGAGGAUUCCCCGCCAGCGGACAGCAACAAUAAUCGAAAGGCCGCCAAAGGAGCCGCCAAGCGACGCAGUCAGGGAUUGGAGCACACCUCGCCGGUCCAGGUGAACGGCGGAGCGGCUCUGGCCUGUCCCCUGGUGCGCAAAUCCCUGCCAGCCGCCUCGGGUCCCGCCAAAUCCUGCCCGCUGCCCGAGAAACGCAAGUCCCAGCCACCGCAAAAGCAAGAUAAUCCUGUCCAGAUAAAGCAGGAACAGCCAGAGCCUGAAGAUGAGCAGCAGGAGACGCCCGCCUUGCCCCAGGAAGCCCACAACACCGACAGCAUCGAGGAGGGUCGCCGCAUCCUGCAGUGGAUCCUCAAUCCCGUCAAGACCGAGCACUUCUUCGCGGACUUUUGGGAGAAGAACGCCUGCGUGGUGCAGCGCAAGAACCCCAAGUACUACAGCGACCUGAUAUCCUUCAAGAUGAUCGACGAGAUGCUGAUCCGUCAUCGCCUGGACUUCACCAUCAACCUGGACGUGACGAGCUACAAGAACGGCAGGCGGGAGACGCUGAAUCCCGAGGGCAGGGCCAUGCCGCCAGUGGUUUGGGGCCUCUACUCCGAGGGCUGCAGCAUUCGCAUACUGAAUCCCUCCACCUAUUUGCCCGGUUUGCGGCAGGUGUGCAGCAUAAUGCAGGAGUAUUUCCACUGCCUGGUCGGUGCGAAUGUCUACCUAACGCCGCCGAAUAGCCAGGGAUUUGCGCCGCACUACGACGACAUCGAGGCCUUCGUCGUCCAGGUGGAGGGACGCAAGCGCUGGCGGCUGUACGAGCCGCCCCGUGAGGCCGAUCGGCUGGCCAGGAUCUCGUCGGGCAACUACGAUCAGGGGCAGCUGGGCGAGCCGCUUCUGGACGAGGUGCUCGAGGCAGGCGACUUGCUGUACUUCCCGCGGGGCACCGUGCAUCAGGCCAUCACCGAGGAGGGGCAGCACUCGCUGCACAUCACGCUGAGUGUGUACCAGCAGCAGGCCUACGCCAAUCUGGUCGAGAAACUGAUGCCGAUUGUCAUUAAGAGGGCGGUGGAGAACAGAAUGGCGCUGCGUCGCGGCCUGCCGCUGCACACCUUUCAUGUUUUGGGCGAGGCGCAGCGGUCGAACAAGAGCAAGCAGCGCAGGGAGAUGGUGGAGCGAGUCCAGCAGCUGGUGGCCACGGCUCUGGUGCCCUCGGAGAAGGAAAUCGAUGCGGCUGUCGAUCAGCUGGCCAAGAAGUUCCAGCACGAGGCGCUGCCGCCGACCAUUCUGCCCGAGGAGAAGCUGCGCACCGUUUUCGGCUCGCGCAGCAGCACCGAUGAGCAGGGCAACUGCAUCUGCGACUAUGAGUUCGACGAGGAGACCUCGGUGCGCCUGCUGCGCGCCAAUAUCCUGCGUCUGGUCACCGAGGACGAUGGCAGCGUGAGGAUCUAUCACCACGUGGACAACGCGCUCGAGUACUGCAAGUACGAGCCCAUCUUCAUGGAGAUCCUGCCCGAGGAGGCGGCCGCCGUCUCGCUGCUCAUCUCCGCAUAUCCGUAUUACCUCACAAUCGCCCAGUUGCCGCUGGAGACGACGGCCCGCAAGGUGGAGGUCGUCACUGCGCUGUGGGAACGCGGUCUCCUGAUGACCGAAAAGCCGUUCAAUUAGGAGGAAAUCUAGCGGAGAUUCGUUAAUAAAUUGUAGAACAUCUUUAAGAUACGAAAGAGAAAUGUCUGGGAAAAGCCUGUGAAAUCCAGAAGGGGUUCUUAAAGAACCAAAAGCAGUAAAGUUAUCUAUAAGCCCCGUGAAUUAUUGUAUCAUCUUUGUAAUCCUCAAGUCUUGCUGGAAAACCAAUUACAUUUGUAAUAUAUAUUAUAUAUCGUUUUGUUUAACUGA